CAGAGUAAAUGGAGCCAAGAUUCGCCUGUGGUUUCUGGGAGGAGCAGCUUGGAGCCUGGAGCUGGUGAGGUCAACCCAUGAGGUCACAAUGUGUCCUCGCUGGGACAGAGCCGGGGCCAGGGGCCCCCAGCCAGAGGGCAGGGCAGAGGCAGCAUGGGCCAGGGUCGCCAGUGGUGACCAGCCCUGCCAUGGGAAACAACAGUUCCCACAAGAGGACCAAAGUGCCCAAGCCGGCCCGCAAGGAGAAGCCAUCUGACAUGGACAAGGCCCGGCGGAAACAGCAGUUCUUCAACCACCUCAAGUGGAAGAAGCCGAGCAUGAGUCCCAGGGGACCUGGGCAGGCCAAGAUCGUGCUGCUUUUCCCCCUGGACAAGCGGCAGCAGCUAGCCGAGGCGACGGCGGGCCCCCGCGCGAGGCCCGGGGGGCCGGGUGAGGACGCGGCGGGUGCCCCCGAGGGCUCCCAGGCGGCGGCGCCCAUGCUGCGAGGGGCGGGUGACGGCGCUGACCGGCGCGAGGGCGCGCGUGCGCGCGAAAUGAAGAGGAUCCUGGUCCUGCUGCUGCUGCUGGACGCGCGGCUGCAGGAAGAGGGGCGCCGCGCGGCUGGUGGGCCCGGGGGCGGGGCCGGCUCGGGGGGCGGGGCCAAGGCCGCGCAGGGCUGGCAGCGGCUCUACGAGCGCCUGCUGACCGAGAGCGACGUGGACAGCGAGGCUGACCCCGCCGCGAGGCGACCGCGCAAGCGGUGCCGCUGCCCUCGCCCGCGGCCCUGAGUGCCUGGCCCGGACCCCCGGACCUCGGCCGGGCCCAAUAA